AUGGUAUUCACAACAGAGAAAACGGCAAGUCUCACUUUCCAGAUCGUGCAACUAUGUGCUGGCUUCUGUCUGGUUUAUGUGGUGAUUAAAUCCACCCAGUUAUAUUUCAAGAGACAAAAAUUGCUCAAAACUUUGGAGGGUUUCCCAGGUCCUCCCAGCCAUUGGCUCUAUGGUAAUAUCCACCAGAUCACCAGUCAUGCAGAGGACCUGAACAUGAUGGAGAAGUGGGCUGAAAAAUUCCCUUACGCUUUCCCCAGAUGGUUUGGGGGUUUUGUUCCUGCUGUAGUUAUCACUCACCCUGAUUACGCCAAAACUUUAUUCAGCAGAAACGAUCCUAAAGCUAAAGAUAUCUAUGAGCCCUUGCUUCCUUGGAUUGGGAGAGGACUGCUUGUCUUAAAUGGACCCAAGUGGCACCAGCAAAGGCGAUUGCUAACACCAGCUUUCCACUAUGACAUUUUGAAACCCUAUGUGGCACAAAUUGCAGAUUCAGUCAAAGUUAUGCUGGAUAAAUGGGAGAAGCUGAUUGCAGAGGACCCCACAAAGUCUUUGGAGAUGUUUGACCAUGUCAGUUUAAUGACUCUUGACAGCAUCAUGAAAUGUGCAUUCAGUUACAAGAGUAGCUGUCAGACGGACAAAGAGCAGGAUUAUUAUGUCAAUGCUGUGCAAGAUAUGACUCUCCUAGUGUUUCAGAGAGUCACCUCAGCAUUUCUGCGGAAUCAGCUCAUCUAUUCAUGCACCCUGUCAGGACGGCGCUUUAAGGAAGCCUGCAGCUUGGCACAUCAUCAUACAGAAAAAGUAAUUGCAGAGAGGAAGGAAUCACUUAAGAAUGAAAGGGAACUUGAAAAGAUCCAGAAAAAGCGACGCUUGGAUUUUUUGGACAUUCUUCUUUGUGCCAAGGAUGAAAACGGAGUUGGGUUGUCUGAUGAAGACCUGCGCGCUGAAGUGGACACUUUCAUGUUUGCAGGCCAUGAUACUACGGCCAGUGGAAUCUCCUGGAUCCUGCAUUCUAUGGCUCAGCACCCAGAGCACCAGCAGAAAUGCAGAGAAGAAAUCAAAGACAUUCUUGGGGAUCGAGAGGACAUCCAUUGGGAUGAUCUUGGUAAGAUGACCUAUACCACAAUGUGCAUAAAGGAGAGUCUCCGACUAAAUUCUCCAGUUCCGGUAGUGUCCCGACAACUGAGUAAACCCAUUACUUUUUUCGAUGGACGCACUUUACCUGAAGGAUUUAGAGUUUCAGUUGCCAUCCAUUGUGUUCAUAAAAACCCAAGUGUAUGGCAAGACCCUGAGGUAUUUGAUCCUACAAGAUUCUCUGCGGACAACCCAUCUCAAAGACAUCCUCAUUCAUUCAUCCCUUUUGCAGCUGGAUCAAGGAACUGUAUCGGGCAACAAUUUGCUAUGAAUGAGAUGAAAGUAGCUCUUGCUCUAACGCUGCUUCGCUUUGAAAUCCUGCCAGACCCAUCAAAGCUGCCCAUUCCUAUCCCUCAGAUGGUCCUGAAGUCUGAGAAUGGGAUACACCUCUUCUUGAAGAAACUUGACUGA